AUGGCAAAGGUACCACCCGGUCCUGAUUUUUCCCGUGUUGCAAGGGAAGUAAGGAAACGCCUUGGAAGUUUUGGCGAUGUUGCAGGACUCGCUGCUCUAGUGGGUCUUAGCGGUUUUGUUGGUGUGGGGUUGUAUAAGUCUAUCUAUUUUGUUGAUGGUGGCUGUCGUGCGGUGAAGUUCAAUGCUAUUACAGGUCUUAAGGAUGCAACAUACGGCGAAGGAGCCAAUUUUGCUAUCCCAUUUCUGGAAACUCCUGUUGUUUUUGACAUACGUAAUAAACCAACGGAAGUCAUGACGGCAACUGGAAGUCGCGAUUUGCAGACGGUCAACUUGGCAGUACGUGUUCUCUAUCAACCUAAUGUGCAAAACUUAUCUCAUGUCUAUCGUAACCUAGGCAUGGAGUAUGCGGAAACUGUGCUACCCUCACUAAUCAAUGAAAUUAUUCGCGCAGUAAUAGCACAGUUUAACGCUUCUGAUCUUCUUGUGAAACGCCCUGAAGUGAGUCACCGCAUUGCUGUCAUGCUGAGUGAACGUGCUAAGAGGUUUAACAUUGAUAUUACAGAUGUUUCUAUUACACAAAUGAGCUUUGGUAAGGAGUACACAAACGCAGUGGAGGCCAAACAGGUGGCCCAACAAAUGGCAGAGCGUGCCAAGUGGCGCGUGGAACAGGCAGAACAGGAGAAGAAGGGUGCUAUUCUCUUGGCUGAAGGUGAGGCACAAGCGGCUAAACUUAUUGGUGAUGCUGUACAAAAAAAUCCUGCUUUCAUUACACUGCGAGCUUUGGAGGCUUCUCGAACCAUUGCCAAGAUGAUUAAGGAGAACGGUGCCGGUGCCUUCUAUUUGGACAGCAACAACUUGUCGUUGAACCCCAGCGCCACUCAUGCUAAGGAUCUGUGA